CCUUGCUCUGUUAGAGUGUGUUAAUCUUCUUACCCAGCAGCCUGUGAAGAGGCAGCUUGCCUGCUCCAUAAGAGAAGGGAAAAACAGAGCAGUCGAGGACCCACUGACUUGAAUUCCUAAACCAUUCCACUGAAGCCACGAGGACCCCAUUCCCUGGUGAUUUCUUGCACUGACCAGACUGCGUGAUCCUCCCAGACACCAGCACACUAUGGCCAAGAGAGUUGCUGUGAUCGGCUCUGGCGUGAGCGGACUGACCUCCAUCAAGUGCUGCCUGGAUGAGGGGCUGCAGCCUACCUGCUUCGAGAGAAGCGACGACAUCGGGGGGCUCUGGAGGUUCAAAGAAAAGGUAGAGGAAGGCAGAGCCAGUAUCUACCAAUCUGUAUUCACCAAUUCCUCCAAGGAGAUGUCGUGCUUCAGUGACUUUCCGAUGCCUGAACACUUUCCAAACUUCCUGCACAACACCAGAUUCCUGGAAUAUUUGAAACUGUACGCAAAGCGCUUUGAUCUUCUGAAUUACAUCAAGUUCAAGACCACAGUCAUCAGUGUAAGAAAAUGCCAGGAUUUCUCUACCACCGGCCAGUGGAUUGUUGUCACUGAGAGUGAUGGGAAGCAAGAAUCCACUGUGUUUGAUGCCGUUAUGGUGUGCAUGGGUCACCAUAUAGAAUCCUUUAUCCCGGUGCAGUCUUUUCCUGGUAUCGAAAAGUUCAAGGGCCAAUAUUUCCACAGCCGGGAAUACAAGAGCCCCGAAGGAUUUCAGGGGAAGACAGUUGUGGUGAUUGGAAUGGGGAACUCUGCAUCGGAUAUUGCUGUGGAGCUCUGUCAGACAGCCAAACGGGUGUUCAUCAGCACCAGAGGAGGCUCAUGGGUAAUGAGCCGUGUCUACGAUGACGGCUACCCUUGGGACACUGUAUUUCACACCCGAUUUAGCAAUCUGAUCAGAAGUAUCCUGCCUUGGCCCCUUUUGAAAAGGGUGUAUGAAAAGAAGAUGAACCAAUGGUUUAACCAUGAAAACUAUGGCUUGGUGCCUCAGAACAGAGCCCUGAUGAAAGAGCCAGUGUUCAAUGAUGACCUUCCAAGCCGCAUCCUCUGUGGCAGUGUGGUGGUGAAGCCCAUUGUGAAGGAGUUCACCGAAACCGCUGCCAUCUUUGAAGAUGGGACUAUGGAGGACAACGUGGAUGUUGUCAUCUUCGCCACUGGCUACAGCUUCUCAUUCCCCUUCCUGGAGCAGUCAGUCAUCAAAGUGGAAAACAACGAGGUCUCGCUGUACAAACAAGUCUUCCCCCCUACUCUGGAGAAGCCAACGCUGGCUGUCAUUGGCCUCAUACAGCCGCUUGGGCCCAUCAUGCCAAAUGCAGAGCUACAGGCUCGCUGGGCUACAAGAGUCUUUAAAGGGCUGACUGCGCUGCCCUCUGAGAGCACCAUGAUGACUGACAUUGUCAAGAGGAAAGAGAAGAGGAUAGAGUGGUUUGGUACCAGCCGCAGCCAGACGUUGCAAACCGAUCACAUUGAAUAUCUGGAUGAGCUCGCCGAGGGCUCAGAUGCAAGACCCAGAAUCCUUCCACUGCUUCUGAAGGAUCCCAUACUGGCCCUGACAAUUUACUUUGGCCCCUGCAGCCCCUUCCAGUUCCGCUUGACCGGCCCUGGGAAGUGGGAUGGAGCCAGAAAUGCCAUCCUGACCCAAAAGGCACGGAUCAUCAAACCCACAAGAACGCGAGUGGUGCGCAACUCUUCAAAUAAUUCCCUGAUUUCAUAUUUGCUUAAAAUCUUUGGUCUCCUUGCUCUCUUCGCUGCAAUUUUUGUUAGUCUCCAGUAGUCCUGAGCGCUGUCCUAUGUCAGGUCUCAGCAAUGUGAAGUGACGCUCUGCCCUCUAUAGAAGCCUUUCCCUUAAAAAUAACAACCUCCUUGCCAUAUUCCAGUCCAAGGGUCUGAUCCAGAGAGGUGCUGAGCAUCUGCAGCUGCUGACUGGUGCUAACGAACAUUGUGGGUGCUCAUCACCACUUUUUAAAAUCGACCCAUUUGAUUGGAGCUUUCUAGCAAAGCUAUGGGUUUAGGUCAGACUAGAUGGUUGGGUGGUCCCUUCUGGGCCUAAACUCUGCUCACGCAGCUCCCAUUUCAAUUAACAUGCGGUUGUGUUACUAAAUCCCUUAGGCAGCUUCACUUUGAUCUCUUGAUUUGAGCUGCUUAAACGCUGAGGGCUUGUCUAUACACAAAGUUGUACUCCUUUGACUAUACCGAUAUCAUUAUAUCAAUACAACCCUCAGCGUUGACAUGACUUUAAUGGAAUAAGAUACCUUUUAUGCCACUAUUGCUGCUUCCUAUAUAUGGGAAGGGGAAUAAUCUACACUGUUAUAACUGCCUCCACACUCGGGCUUGUACUGGUAUAACUAUUUUAGUAAACAGUUGCUCCCUUACCCAACAUAGUUAUACUGGUACAAAAGUUGGGAGUAGACCAGGCCUUAGUGUGAGAGACUGUUUCUGUUACUCUAAACCUCCUCAUUUCAUAUUUGAAAGCAAGAUCUGGAAUGACAGUAGGGGCAGAAACACAGACCAGUUUUUGCAAGCCAGUAAUUACAGACAG